AAAAACUGCUCCGUACACAUAAUUCGUUAUCUGCUGUUCUUACUAACAGACAAAUCAUCAUGAAGAGCUACCUGGUAAUUAUAUUAGUCAUCUACUGGAUGGGAACAGAAGCGGCUGAGGAAACAGGCGGAAGUUCCGCUGUGGCGGAAAACAAGGGAGGGACUGAUGAUAAGGCUACAGGAACAGUCGCAGCUGAGGAAACAGGCGGAAGUUCCGCUGUGGCGGAAAACAAGGAAGGGACUGACGAUAAGGCUACAAAAACUCAGGGGGUAAACCGAUAUUUAGUACCGGAUUUCAAAAAGAUGGCCGAGUUAAGGAAACAACAUUCGAAGACCGGGUCUGGAGCUUCCGACGUAUCUCCUUCAGGUGAAGAGGAAGUUAAAAGUGAUGACUCGACCUCCCCUCCUGCUGGCGACGCGCCUAAAUAGGGAGUCCUCGGAGCGCGCCUGUGAAUUGAAUCCAAACAAGAAAUGGCGAUCAUUGUUACAGGAAUAUUAAAAAUAUGUUUUUUCAAUAACUAAUGAUAACAUAAUAUCAAUAGUUUAUGAUUGGAUUUGAAAUUCAAGUAACAUUAGUUGUUAUAAGUUGUUGUAACGGCAUGUUUUAAUAAAUACUAUUGCUAUGAAAA